AUGGAUGCCUCAAGACAAACCAGCAUCGUUCUCAAAGGAUCACCAAAACUGCCCUUACAGUUGGCUCCUCAAAUCGAGCGUUUGCUUCAUGGGAAGAUUGAACUUUGCGAAGUGCAAAGCCUCAUAAUCCCCCUGAUCGCGACGCAACGCGAUAUCCUGGCAAUUAGCACUCCAGGGCUAGGUGUCACCACCGCCUGUGUGUACGGGAUCAUGAACGCCCUCUGCUUGGAUGCAACUACUGAGCCGGGUCCAAAAGCCAUCAUCCUCCUCCCGACCAGAGAGCUGGCCAUCCAGGUGUAUGAAACCUUUGAGCGCCUGCGGCCUGCCCACAAGCUUCAGAUCCAGAUGAAGAUAUCACACAGUGACCAUCCCACCAGCGAUGGGACCUCCGCACACUUUGAUGUCGUCGUUGGGACGCCUGGAAAAGUCCUCGGAGCGGUCCAGUCUGGGGCGUUGUCUCUGGACUCGGUGAGAUACUACAUGUUUGACGAGGUGUGGAGCUUGCUCGGGGACACUGGUGAGGGGGAACAGCGCCUUGAUACCCUCGCCCGCCUGAUCGCUCCGAUACUAUCCCAGAAGAAGACCAUAAUUUUCACGAACAGGCUCGACGAAGCCGAAGCUGUGCAAGAGUCCCUCUCCGCGCGGUUCCCUGGUCGUGCAAUCGGGCUGUUGGCGAAAAGUAUCGGCACAUAUAACAGAGAAGUCCAUCUCGACGCCUUCCAGCGUGGGCAGUACUACGCACUCGUUACGUGCCGUCUGUUCUACGCAGGAGUCGACCUCAGCAGCGAGAUUUCAUGCGUGGUCUUCUACACCCCUCCUCCCACCAUAACCCACACCAUCACGGGUCGCCUCCGACUAACCGCGGCGGGCGGCGAGAUGAUCACCAUCCUGGACCCAGAGGCAAAGGAUGAAGUGGAGCGAAUGGAAUACAUCAGGGGAGAGUUACGCGAUCUUCAACACUCCCGCGCGUCUGUCUUCGACAAUACCACGGAUCUCCAGCCUUCUCUCAACAGCUCGACAGCGGCCAGCUCCAAACUCAUUAUCCGCGGGCUCGCAAACGAUGUGAAUGUCCGAAUCUUGAUGGGUGCGCUGCAGCAUUUCCGGCCAGUGCGCGUCCAAGUUGAACCGGCUAAGCUUAACAACCCAAAGAGUGUCACAACGGCCUUCGUCUGGUUCCCCACGGAGCCCCUCGCCACGCUUUGCCUGAGGGAGAUAGACGGGGCCCGCCUUUGCGGGACCAUGGUGAUGGCUGGGUACGCGCUGGAGAAGCAAGGAAAGAGAUAA